GACUCUGCUUCCGUCUGCUGGUAAGCUGGAGACCUGCAGCACUGGCGUCAUGGUGAAGGAUGUUUCGAAAGGUCAAGAAGCGCCACAGCAGCAGCAGCUCCCAGAGCAGUGAGAUCAGCUCUAAAAGCAAGUCGGUAGAUUCCAGUUUGGGAGGCCUGUCUAGGUCCAGCACAGUUGCCAGUCUUGAUACGGACUCCACCAAGAGCUCAAGUAACGCCGUGUCUGACGCCUGUGCUGACUUCAGAGUCAAGUAUGUGGGAGCCAUCGAGAAGCUACAGUUUGAGAUGAGCAAAACCCUUCAGGAGCCUCUAGACCUGAUCAACUACAUUGAUGCAGCUCAGCAAGAUGGAAAACUGCCGUUUGUGCCUGGAAAUGAGGAGAUGAUUCUGGGAGUGUCCAAGUAUGGAGUUAAAGUGGCCUCAUUGGACCAGUGUGAUGUGUUUCAGCGUCACCCGCUCUACCUGAUUGUGCGUAUGCUUUGCUAUGAUGAUGGUCUGGGUGCUGGAAAAAACCUGCUCGCACUGAAGACCACAGAUGCAGAGCAGCAGGAGUGCAGCAUCUGGGUGUAUCAGUGCAGCAGUGCGGUAAGACCUCAAGACAGGAAGUCUUUCUGAAGGCUUUCACUAUUUGUGUGUUAGCCCUGAAAUGAGUGAAAAGGUGAAUAUAUUUUAUUUUAAACUGGAGGAACCAUCAUUUAGACCAAAAGGCUAUUGUAACCAAUUUUAUUUAAAAUGAU